GUCUAGUGUAGUUUGACCGGUUAAGUAAUUUACACCAUCAUUUUUGGCGCCACCCGUGGGACCGUUAAGGUUUCUUCUCUUCUAGACACAAACCUACCCACAAGAACACCACUCGAAAUGUCUUCCAGCCAACAGAUCAACGCUACUUCCGCUCAGGUGCAAGCUACCAAUGAGGGUGCCAGCAUCCCUGUGGCUGCUACCAUACCGGUCAUUUCAGCCCCGGUGUUGCCUCUGGGUCUGAGCUCUGUCCCGACGGCCAGCGUGAUCAGUCCCUUCGCGACCCCCGUCCCUUCCGCUGGACCGAUGGUCACGCUCCCACCAAGCAUGACUCAGUUCAUGAAUGACCCAGCCAACCUACAAGCCGUCCAGGGCUUCGGUCAGUUCAUGGCCAUGUGCCAACAGAGCGGGGGGAUGCCUUUUCUCCCUGGUAUGUUCCCGUUCGCUCUUCUGGGUGCGGGAACCAUGCCCCUACAAGCUCCGAUGGCGGUGGCGUCGUUCCAGACGCCGGUGCCGCAGCCAUCACCUUUCCAGCCCCAGCUGGUCAGCACCAUGGCCCCUGUCAACUUGGCUGGCGCACUUAACGCUGCAGGGCCGUCGCGUCCCCCGCAAGGUACGAAUCCGCAAGUCACCCCUGAUGGUCAUUGCGUUUCAAUUGAGAGUGAUGACGGCGAGUGGGACAUUCCAAGGGCCCACAAAAAGAAGAAAGGAAAAAACAUCCGGCCAGCGACCUCCCGAAACUCCGCCUUCAAAAGGCUGGGGGAUAGGGAGGAAGGCCAGAGGAAGUCAGCCAAGCAAAGGCUGGGGCAGAGCGUUGCCCAUGUCAGCGCGUUCGCCCGGCUAGGCGAGGUGCGGGAGGCCGAGCCUACCCGCACCCGGCGCUCCCGGUCUAACCGGCAUGAGCCAGCGAGGACGAGGGCCUCUCGUCAAGAAGAGGAAGCAGAGAGCCAGCCCAGGUUACCGGUGGCAAACCGGUUGACCAUCCCAAAUGACCGCGUCCAGCAGAUGGAGGCAAAAUUGGAAAGACUGGAAAAGAAGGUCGGGGAGAAGAAUGACCGGGACAAACCCUUGGCGGGGUCCUCGUUCACCACAAGGGUCCAUCUGACACCUUUCCCGCGAAAGGUCAAGAUUGACGCCCCUAGGUUCACCGGGAAGGAAGAUCCGGAAAUCCAUCUGGAUUCCUUCAACCAGAGUGCGACCAUGAACGGUUGCACCGAUGAAGAAAAGUGCCUUCUUUUCUUCCAGACCUUGCAGAACCGAGCCACUGAAUGUACAGCCGGGCAGAGGGAAUCUGAGACCAUUACUCAGUUCCUUACCCGGUGGAAGGAAGAGGUAGACAAGGUGGAAGAGAUGGAUUACAAGACCGUCUUAUCCCUCCUCUUGAAUGGCUUGCGUGUCGGGGAACUAUACAAAGAGUUCUGCCGGAAACCCCCAGCCACGUACCAAGAGGCCUACCACACUGCAUGGGAGUUUGUUGAGGCUGAAACCCAGCUCCGAGCAAAGAAAGAAGCUGAGCAUGGUUACAAGCCCAAGCCGGUGCAAGUCAAGAAGGAAGAAGCCUCGGGACCUAGCCGGCCAAGACAUCACUAUGACCCGGUUGUCCGUGUGGUCAAUACGGAAGAAUGCCAAGAAAUCCGGAAAGCACCGGUCAUUCUUCCGGAAAACCCUACCGGUCAAACAGGGCGGCAAUGGUCGGGCACCUAUUGUUCGUACCACAGGUUAGAUUCGCAUAACACCUCCGAAUGCAAAAGUGUUAAGGGGGUCAUCCGGCAGAUGAUAGACAGUGGAGAGCUAGGCAAGGAUUACUUGCAGAAAGCCCAGGAGAAGAGUCAUCAAUGGGUUAGGCCAGCUGCCCCGGGAGAUGACCGGAACAACGACCGGCGGAGGAAUAGCCGGCCAAAGGAGCGGCAACCUGCUCCCGAAAAAGAGCACAUCGACAUGAUCUUUGGCGGACCUGAGGGCUUCACGAGAGACACCGUUGAAGCUGAAGGAUCCAUAGUUAUACCGGUCGAACUAAGAUCAGGCGAGAAGACCGUGUGGAAGAAGAUGCGGUUCAUAGUUGUGGACAUCAAAUGCGUCCACAACGCAAUUCUUGGAAGGCCAGGCAUCAAUAGAGUCGGGGCGGUGAUUUCCAUGCCUCAUCUAUGCAUGAAGUUCCACACUCCAGGUGGUGUGGAUGAGGUGAAGGGCGACCAGAGGAACGCCCGGGAGUGCUAUGCCCGGGCAGUCAAGAAGAUGACCAAGGGGGUCAAUGUCAUCUCCCAAGAAAUCACAAAGGGAGAUACCCGGGAGAAAUUGGAGCCCGAGGCCGAGACGGUGGAAAUCGAACUUCACCCGGGUGAUUCUUCGAGGAUGGUCAGAAUUGGAGCAAAUCUCCCCGAGGAUCUCAAGGCACAGAUUACACGGGUCCUCCAAGAAUACGCGGGCAUAUUCGCAUGGAGCGUGGCGGCUAUGCCCGGAAUAGAUCGCUCUGUUAUCUGCCACCGGUUGGCCGUGAGGGAAAGAAGUCGACCGGUACGUCAGAAGAAGCGGUACCUGGCCAGUGACCGGAUACGAGGUGGUAUCGUGUUCACCACCCCAGAAGGGUUCAAGAUCUACCAUGCAAUCGUCUUCAACUUCAAGCUGACGAACAAUGAGGCAGAAUAUGAAGCUCUGGCUGGAGAGCUCAGACUUGCCCAAGCCCUGAAAAUCAGCCGGGUCACUAUCAAAUCUGACUCUAGCCUGAUCGUUGGGCAAGUGACCGGUAACAUGGAGGCAAGGGAAGAACGCACGGCACAAUACAAGGACCUUGUACUUGCCCUGUUGAAAGGCUUCGAAGAGUUCAAGAUCGCCCAAAUUCCCCGGGCGGAAAAUGCGGAUGCAGACCUUCUCUCCAAAUUGAUGCAGUAUGCUCCCGAGCAUGUUUCAAAACUUGCCCGGGUAGAGAUCCUUGACCGUGCAAGCAUCGAAAAAUUGGAAGUAGCCGCUAUAACGGACGGAAGCCAAUCUGACCGGUCAAACUUGGUCGGGGCGGACGACCAUUGGAUGUAUGAUCUGAUGGAAUAUUUGAUGGAUGGGAGCUUGCCAGAACAAGAUGACCGGUCAAGAAAAGUGAAGCUCAGGGCACCCCGAUUCCAGGUUCUUGAUAGAAAACUGUAUAAAAGGGCAUUUGGGGGGCCACUCCUGAGAUGUCUAACCAACCGGGAGGCUGAGCGAGUCAUAGCGGAGGUACACGAAAGCGUAUGCGCGGCGCAUCAAAUGUCCCGUACGCUCUCCCAGCGCAUCAUCUUAUUGGGGUAUUACUGGCCAACAAUUGUCCAGGAUUGUGAAAGGUAUGUACAGAAAUGCAGAACAUGCCAGGUGUUCUACAAGUACCCCGAUAGACCGGCGACCUACUAUCACCCCGUAUCGAAUGUCAUCCCAUUCGCUAGAUUCGGGGUUGAUAUCAUUGGAGCCUUCCCAGUCGCCCAAGGAGGGAAGAAGUUCGUAAUCGUAGCCAUCGAUUACUUCACCAAAUGGAUCGAGGCCGAGGCAUUGGCCAACAUCACCACGCAGCAGUGCAAGAAAUUCAUUUGGAAGAACAUCAUCACGAGGUUUGGAGCGCCCAUGAACCUCAUCACCGACAACGGCCCACAAUUCCGAUAUCUGAGGUUCACCGAAUACUUGGAGGGCUUCGGAAUCAAGCACAAUCAUUCCUCGUUAGCGUACCCCCAAGGGAAUGGCCAAGUCGAAAACGCCAACCGAACGAUUGUGGAUGGUCUAAAGAAACGGCUGGGAGAAGCAGGAAACAAGUGGCUGGAAGAGCUCCCACACAUCGUAUGGGCAUUCCGAGUAACACCCAUGAGGACUCAUGGGGAAACUCCAUUCUCCCUAACCUAUGGGUGUGAAGCAAGGCUGCCCAUCGAAGCUGAGUUCCCAACAAAAUGAAGAAGACCACUUGGCCGAGCUCAACUUGGUCGAAGAACGAAGAAUGGCCGCGGAGGUUAAAAUGAGUACAUACCAACAAGUUAUGAAGAAGUACCAUGACAACAAGGUUGGGCCGCGGUAUUUCCAAGUUGGAGAUGAAGUCCUACGAAGAAGAGAAGCAAGUAGACCCGGCGAUGGAGGAAAGCUGGCAAAAAACUGGGAAGGCCCAU